AUGAACAGCUCACAACGUCGCAGCAUCAUGUUUGGCGAGAAAGCGGUCAUCGAGAUGGAUAUCGAUCCGUUCGUUUCGAAUCUAGACACUCCCGCCGAUAUCAAAGUGCCAACGACCGUUUCCAAGUGAGUUGUUUAGUAAGUGUGUGGAAAUAAUGAUGAAAGGCUUUUCCCCUGAAAAGAAGGCAAACAAAUGAAAAUGAUUGUUAUUCUUCAGAUACGUCACUCCAAUUCUGCCUCAGCAAGGAGCAGCUGUGACCACCAUUUCAAAAGCAAAGGCCGCCGAGAAAAAGGUUCAGAAGGACGACGAGAAAAAAGAGAAGUGAGUAAUUUUCACCUUUUGCACACGUCACUGCUCAUUUUGGCAUGAAGUUUAGAAUAAUGAAAAGGCUCUUGGUGAAUUAGACAGGUCACCGUAGACAGGUAGUUUUUCUGAGAAAAAAAAGAUAUAAAUUACGAGACAGGUGAAAGUUUUCAAAUGCUAACCCGACUAUUUUCGUUUUUCUUCUCGAAAAUAAAGCCAAUGUUACACUUGUUCUACAUUUUGCCAGACGAUUCAGAAAAUGUCAGCCAAUUUCUGACAUUUUAUCAACAACAAAAAAUCCGUAAACAAUUGAGUCCGGUCACGGGACGUUACUGUAGACUUUUGUCGGAAUUCAGAGGUUUUUUAGAUUUGUGGUGCGGGCUAUGGGUCAACUUUUCAAUUUAUAAUGUACAAAUGGAGUUGUCAACAACUUGUAAUUGUUGCUUGGAAAACCUGAAAAUAGGUCAUUUUCUCUGAAAUGUUUCAAAGUUUUUAAACUCUUCCUGACCAGGCACACUUUUGACAAGUCAGGCAAAGAUAUUUCCCAUGACUCUCACAAGCCUUCCAUAGAAGUAUAAUUUCAGUGACGCAAGUGAAAUCGAAGAGCCGGUCGCCAAGAAGAAACGCUAA